GAUACUUCGUGAUUUUUGUCGGGAGCUCUAUGAUGUGAAUUUAGCGCUGGGAGGAAGCUAUCAACCUAUUUUCAGAAUCGAAUAUUUAGAGAGAGAAGAUGUUAGCUGGUGAGGUGAGCGUCUGAGGUUCUAGGUCUGGAUUCUUCUGAGCUUGGGAAGUUAACUUAAAAUCAGCUAAUGCUAAGAAAAACAAGAAGAUCAUCGCUCACGUUGCAAGACCUGGAGGAAAUGCAGUGCCUAAAGUAGAGACAUUAAAGGAACAAUGCUUCUGGUGGAAAGAUCGUCCUGCGAUGAAGUGUUGCGACUGAAGACACCCAAUGAAAGGACCACUACAGACGCUGGCAUGGAAAAUAAGGCAAAUGGCUCAAUGGACACAAAAAGCCCCAUGGAGAACGGGCAGCUCCCUGACCCUGCAGACUGGGCCGUCACUGACGUCGUUAAUUAUUUUAAAGCUGCCGGAUUCGAGGAACAGGCCAAUGCUUUCCAGGAUCAGGAAAUCGAUGGGAAAUCCCUGCUGUUGAUGACUCGGAAUGAUGUCUUGACUGGGUUGUCGAUAAAGCUGGGCCCGGCUUUGAAGAUCUACGAGUACCACGUGAAAGCGCUUCAGACCCAGCACCUGAAGAACAACACGUCGUAGCGCCGCGCGCAGACGCGCACAGAGGACGACAAUCACUGGAGGACGCAGCGAGGAAGCUCUGUCUGAGGAGACUGAAAAAUGCCAGACUUGUUCCAAUCUGCGUCUUAUGCAAUUAAAACUGUUUUCUGUCCAUUUACAGGAGCGAGAUGGAUCACAUAACCUCACUCUGUAGUGAUAUAAUUUUGUGACCCUCAGUGCUGUACAUUUGUAAAGGGAACUCUGGGAAUCUCCAGGAUUUUUUUCAGUUGCUUUUUGACCAUUGUAGGCCAGAAUCUUGUGUAAGUAUUUAAGUACGACCACUAAAUAUUGUAUCAUAUAUGAAAACCCGACAGAAGGGAAAAAUGCCAUUUGAUUUCUUCAUAUUUCAGGAAAUUGUUUCAUCUAUUUUUUCUUUCUUUUUUAAAAAUUUCUCAUCAUUUUAUAAAUCCUAGUAAAUUAGGAUUGCAACUCCUCCACUGCUGUCACGGAAAACUGAAUAGUGUGUGCGUGCAAUGAUCGGGCCAAGUAGUGAUCAUUUGUGAAAGUCCCGAGACAACUGAUUAUAAACUGCAGGGUGCUGUAACAUUUGGAAUCUCAUUUUGCCAUCAGGACUUUGUACAUAAAUAGCAGGUGAAGAAGGGGUAGGAGCAAAUUUCAGUUUCCUUUCACCCAGAUAUAAGUACAUCCUUUUUGUUCUAAAAAGGGAAAUGCAACAGUCAAAACCAUAGGACAAAUGAGAAACCGUAUCUAUCGAGACAAGGAACUACUGACGAUUGUCCUUAAAGCCGGUACAAUGGCUGAAGAGUACCAGUCGCCACAUUUACGUGCAGGCAAUAUUGUAAAUACUUGACGAUACUGAAUAAGUGAAAUCCAAAUGAACAUUCUCAACAAGCUGUUUACAUGUAUGCAAAGUGUAAUGUUCCACAAAUAUCGCAGUUCACAAAUUUGGAAUUGCUGAAGUGUGAACAUGUGUGACGCACUGAGAGGUACAGGUGGAUCAUAAUGAACAAAACAAUCGGGGUGCAUUAAUCUUUUUUGAAUAUCAAUUAAACCGUUUUGGAACCGGCACUUCAGAUGGAUGCUUUCAUUAUUACGUGCUGCUUUCUCAGAUGCAUUGACAAUUAUUUGCCAUGCUUUCAAAUUUCUUACCGUACUGAUAAUGCAUAUUUUCCUGCUCGUUAGUUGCACAGUAAGUGACUGUGUAGUGAUGUACCCAGAUGGGCUUUCACACAUUAUGUUAAUACAAAUUAAUAACAAGUGAUGUACAUGGCUAUAAUUGUGACUAGUAGGACCAUUAACGGUGCCCUUCCCCUCAUUUAGAGAUUCAUUACUUUAAGAACACUCUUUUCAUGGUCAGGUCCUGUGGAAAUCUUGAAUAGUCCAAUUAAUGACAGAAUUUUUGGGUGCAUGUGAAUAUAGCCAUUAAUCUGUUGUCGGACUCCUGAAUUUAAUAUAAUUAUAUGCCUAACCUUUAAUGUCUGUGUUUAAAAACAAAAAAAUAUGUCUGUGUCAGUUUUUUUGACAAGCGGUGCUUUGAUUGCUCGAAAGAGUAUUUUUUUUAUUCUUUAAAAAAGGAGUUUCUCAACGACUAGUCAGAAGUAAAUUCAUCUUCAGAAGGCCUAUCUGAGCUUUGUCAGAAAUUCUUGGAAUUCUAAUCAAAUAAUUCUUUAUUUUACCAUGCAGUUAAGUUUCAUCACUGACUCAUUCUUGUUAAUAGUGUCACAGUGAAAUGCAUAAAUUCUAUUCAUUGUUUUUUCACCACUGAAAUGGUGCUGAUUCUAUGGUGACAACGAAGACCAGCAGCUAUGCUUGCCUAGAACAUUUUGUGACAAGCUAUCCCUGUGGUUUUAUUCUGUUUUUUUUUUCUUUCACCUGUGAGCAGAAGAGUAUAUGUGAGCUACAGCUUCAAGUCAAGACACACUUCUGCCAUUAGUCCACUGAAAGCAUUCCGAAUCCCCCCACAUAUGAGUGUCAUCGUGUUACUGUAAAGACAAUUACUGUACUGUAGAGUUCACUGGCAGUAGCAUGAAGUGCUAGGAGAUGUAUUGCAUGAUAUAAUUGCAUCAUAUUUGCAGCUCAGAAAGAGUUGAAAAGCGACUCUAAUGGAUAAUGAUUGGACUCGUCUUGGAAGUGAACCUGCUUUUAGCGGUGGUCUUUGAGGCUCAUUUGUUUCGGUUGGAACGGAAGGGGGUUGGGAAACUAUACACUAAAGAUGGCAUCUUUGUUAUUCUUUCUGACCUAAUGGCACUCGCAAAAAGUUUGUCUUUUUCCAUGUGCAAGGGCUUGUUGCUAGUUCCCCCAACUCGUUUUUUUAUACAGUAUAUAUUUGUAAGUAUGUUGGUGCUAAUAAAAACUAUGGAGACGAAAGUAUCUAGCUUAGCAAACAGAAUAAUGAGAGCUUGACAUGCUUCAUCAAAGCAGUUUUUUCUUGUGAUGAGUAUAUGGUUUCUCUGCUGAAUCCAAGCACAGUGAAGCACAAGCACAGGACUGAAUAUAAGUUGAUAAGCUGUGUGUAUGAAUUGAAAUGCAUGUCGGCCAACAGUUCUCCCUGUUUCUAGUGUUGUUCUUUUUUCCUCUGGCUAUAGGCCUAGCUGUUGUUUGACUUGUGGGGAAUAAACACUACUGAGAAAAUGUCCGCAACCAUAGUACAUAAAGCUUUUUGGGAAACGGGAAGGUAUGGUAAAAUAUUGAAUAACAAUGAUGGACAGUUGGCAUUCAUCUGGUCAUUUGCCAAAUCUAGUCUUACUGUCAUAUUAGUGCUGUUCUGUCAACAAAAAUUUACAUUAAAAAAAACAUAUAUAGCAGUCAAGUAUUCAGUAUUCAGUCAACAGAUUGUGUAAUUCUAAAUAUCUUAAUUGGACGUAUUUAAACCCUGAUUGAAUUGCACAUUACUUGCAAUACAAAUGAAAAAUUCUAUUUGACCUUCAUGAGGAACCAAAAACUAAUUUUUAGACACUGUUAUGGCUCACUGAUAUCAAAGUUUAUUUGCUGUUUGAUUUCUCCUUUGCAGCUGAACUUAUUUGUAUUUUGAUGUCCAACCAAAUUAGGUGUCAAUAUGUGUCAUUUUAUACUCCUCGUUUUAGACUGAGACUGGUGGCUGGGGUGAAUUUAAUGAACAAGUUUGACGUGGGCUAAUUUGUAUCUGUUCCAGGGUUUGUACGUAAAUAAAUGCUCCAGAUGUGGUUGUUUUUCAAUGAAAA